AUGGACGAGGAAACUCUCAAGGAAGCCCUCAAAAGCUUCCCCAACGCCGAAAAAACGGCACAACCCGCAGCAGCAACUUCAGGGCUCAACAUCAACGCGUUGUUCGAGAAUCCGCUCUUCGCUGGUGGAAUCGGUCUUGCAUCACUGGGAGCAGUCGCUGCCUUUGCACGGAAAGGCGCAAUCUCUGCACUCGGAGCAGCUCGUCGUCGCUUGCUCAUCAAUGUCGAGAUCAGUAAGCAAGAUCCUGCAUACCCAUGGAUCCUAGCAUGGUUGUCACAGCCUCGCGAACACCCAGGCUUCAUUGCUUCUCGCCUCACACGAAUACAUAAUCUCUCUGUUACGACGACGACUGCAUCUCGAACGGCUGGGGUUAGUGGACCCCAGAAUGCGCACUUCUUCCUACAGCCAGGCUUCGGACGACAUAUCGUUAAGUUCGGCAAUGCGUACAUUGCUGUGAACAGAGAAAAGCACAAUACGGCGAACAUGAAUACUGGCGAACCACACGAGAUUGUUCAAUUGACUACGUUAUGGGCGCAUCGGCAUGUUUUCGAGUCAGUUUUCAGCGAGGCGCAUCAGUUGGCAGCCAAGGCGAAUGAGGGAAAGACUAUUGUGUACUCGGCUCGAGGAAUGGACUGGGUACCGCUGGGUGAUCCAAGAAAGAAGCGACCUUUGGGUUCCGUCAUCCUGAAUGACGGCGUCAAAGAGAGUAUCGUGGGUGACGUAAAAGACUUCCUGAAUCGGCAACAAUGGUAUGUGGAUCGGGGUAUUCCAUAUCGAAGAGGCUAUCUGCUAUAUGGUCCUCCAGGUAGUGGAAAGACAUCCUUCAUUCAAGCCCUUGCAGGAGAGCUGGACUUUAGCGUGGCCAUGAUCAACCUCAGCGAGAUGGGCAUGACGGAUGAUAAGCUAGCCUAUCUCCUUACAAAACUUCCCAAGAGGAGCUUGCUUCUGCUGGAAGAUGCAGACGCAGCAUUUGUGAACCGGCGCCAGCGGGACUCCGAUGGCUACAACGGUGCCACUGUUACCUUCUCCGGUCUCCUAAACGCUCUCGAUGGUGUUGCUGCUGGCGAGGAGCGCAUUGCGUUCCUAACAACCAACCACGUUGACCGUCUCGAUGCUGCGCUCAUCCGACCUGGCCGUGUAGAUUUGAUGCUUCGCAUCGGCGAGGCCACACACUUCCAGGCUGCUCAGAUGUGGGAUCGAUUCUACGGAGACGUUGAUAAAGAUCAUUCCGGCCGAGAACGAUUUCUCAACAGGCUCCAAGAGCUGGGUCUAUUCGGCGUUGGGCCUGAUGGCAAGCCAUCGAACCGUCACACAAGCACAGCGGCAAUUCAGGGACUGUUCCUGUUCCAUAAGGACAAUAUGGAGGGAGCCAUUAAUGACGCUGAUGGUCUUAUCCCCCGAAAGUUUGAGGCUUCGGAUGAGGUCCCAGAGGGAGCAAUCAAGACACCUGCGUGA